UACACAUGCGUAGGAACGUUUCUGUAUUGCCGCCAUCAUGGAAGCUUUAAACUAACAACGCCCUCAAGCGUUAAAGCUUGUAUGAGAAGGUAAGGCUCGUUUUAUAUUAAACGAAGCUUACGCGUUUUUGUACUAAAUACUAUCGGUUGUUGACACAUAACCAAAGAAAUGUGUAUCUUUCGCUGGGUCAAUGCGUUUAAGUUAAAUCUGUAGUGUGCCUUCUUGCGGUACCGAACUUCUGAAGGUCGGUACAAUCAGCACGAUGUACGGCUCAUAACGACAGUUCCUUCCUCCAUCAAUAACGACGCCACCGCAGUGCAGAGGGCUGAAUGCAUCGUUUAUGGAUAGAGUGGAAAAGCUUGCAGCGCCGCGGUGUCUGUUGUGGGAAAUGAAACCUUUAACGUAUCUAAACUUUUAGUCUUUAAGAAACUUGAUGCUGUGAGAUGGACAGUCAAGGAAGAGGAGAUUCUGAUGCUGCCGAGGCAGAAACGAUAUCUGAUAUCCAGAACUACCUUGCAUCUUUUAACAAAGAAAUACAGAAUGGAACAGCUUCAGCUGGAGAAACAGCAGUGUUCCACCAGAUGCCUGAAGGAACCCACCUAGUGGCUGCAGUAACCAAUCAAACUGGAAUUGAGCCUAAUGCAGAAGCAGCUACAACAUACUAUGUCACUCAAUCAGCAGAUGGCACUGCCCUGCAAGGUUACCAUUAUGACCCCAAUACUCAGGCCCAUUAUGGGGCAGCAGCAGAAGGGGUUUACUAUGCUGAGGUCCAAGAGGGAGAUACAGCUCAGGGCCAAUACACUGCAAUCCCAACCUACCAUACAGUGGAUGGAAGUCAGGAUCCUUCUGGUAACAAAUCACAGGGUCCCUAUUGUGCAGUUAGAGGUGGCGAUGGACAACAGGUUGUGACUGAAAACCAGAGUGGCCUACAGCAAAUUGUCUUGGCUGUGAGUGAAGCACAGGGAAUGUCUGGAGAAGUAGGAGAACGAGAAGCACGAGAGAUUUCUGUCACCAUCCCAGCUUCUAUGACAGGACAAGUCAGCCAGGGUCACUCUGAGGAAUUGAUUCAAGUUGUACAAAGCCAUGGAGCUCCUACAGUCUCCCAGGCUCCUGAACAGCCUGCUUUUGUAGCUAUGCAACCAGGAGCAACUACUGAAGCUCAUGUGGAUGCUGGUCAGCAGGUAAUGGUAUCUGAUGGAAGUCAAAGAUUGGUGAGCCAUGAAGCCAGCCAUGUUCAGAGAGCCAUAAAUGCACACCACAAUACCACAGAACAACAGACUAUACGUAUGGUUGUAAGACAACCAGAUGGCACUGAAACUGAACAAACAAUACCUGUCUCCUCAUCAGGGUCGGGUGGUCCUACCCUGGUCACCAGUGAUGGCCACGAAAUCCAUGUCAGUGAUGAAGGAACUCUGCAGAUGAUGGCCAACUUAGCUGAUCAGGCUUCAGCUGGAGGCUCAGGAGAUGGAAAUAACCAAGUGCUGUUGAAUACUGGAAACUCAUACCAGACAGUAACUAUUGUACCAUCAGACACAAACCCAGGAGAGGUUAGCUAUGUGUUAAUUGUUUCUCAGUCAGAUGAAAAUAAAGAUGAGCAGAAAGGGCUCAACAUGGACAUGUCUGUGUACGAUUUCAAUGAAGGAGGAGAAAAACAUGGGGAGAUGGUAACAGAAGAAACUAAUGUAGAUGGAGGUAAGAUGCGUACAAUCAAAAUUUCACCAAAGAAAAGCCAAACAGUCACUCAGGCACAUAUGUGUAAUUAUUGUAAUUACACCAGUCCAAAGAGAUAUCUUUUGUCACGUCAUAUGAAGUCUCAUUCAGAGGAGAGACCUCACAAAUGCAGUGUAUGUGAAUGUGGCUUUAAAACUUUAGCUUCUCUUCAGAAUCACGUAAAUACCCACACUGGUACAAGACCUCAUCACUGCAAAGAGUGUGAAUCUUGCUUUACAACUUCAGGAGAGUUGGUUCGUCAUGUUCGUUACCGUCACACUCACGAAAAGCCUCACCGCUGUACAGAGUGUGACUAUGCCAGUGUCGAGUUGAGCAAACUUAAAAGGCACAUGAGGUGCCACACAGGUGAGCGUCCGUAUCAGUGUCCCCACUGCACGUAUGCCAGCCCUGAUACUUACAAACUAAAGCGUCAUUUGAGGAUUCAUACAGGGGAAAAGCCUUAUGAAUGUGAGGUAUGUCAUGCCCGAUUUACUCAGUCAAACAGUUUGAAAGCACACAGAAUGAUCCAUUCAGGAAAUAAGCCAGUGUACCAAUGUGAAUUUUGUCCCACAACAUGUGGUCGGAAAACAGACCUGCGAAUCCAUGUUCAGAAACUACACACUAGUGAUAAACCUCUGAAGUGUAAGAGAUGUGGAAAAUCAUUUCCAGACAGGUACUCACUAAAGGUUCAUAUCAAAACUCAUGAAGGAGAGAAAUGUUUUAAAUGUGAUCUUUGCUCUUAUGCCUCAAUUUCCCAGCGUCAUCUAGAAUCCCAUAUGUUGAUUCACACUGACCAGAAGCCAUUCCAUUGUGAUGAGUGUGACCAGUCAUUUAGACAGAAGCAGUUGCUUAAAAGGCAUAAAAACCUGUAUCAUGACCCAAAUUACAUACCACCUGUUCCUCGUGAAAAGACACAUGAAUGUGCAGAGUGUGGGAAGGCUUUCCGACACAAAGGCAAUUUAAUCAGACACUUAGCAGUACAUGACCCUGAUGCAACAGAAGCUGAAAGGGCAGAAGCUAUGUUGAUAGGACAACCAAAAGAGCUGGGUGAGGAAUAUGAUGGUGAAGAGAGUUAUUCAGAAUGUGAGGAUGAGAUGAUAAAGCCUGUGCCAGUAGAGGUAGAAGGAGCAGUUCAAGGAAACGAACAACAAGGACAGCAGGUGGUGGUAUUUGAAGUGAUUCAUCUUCCUGCUGGAGUUGAGGAGACAUCGGACAGUUCUCAGCAGGCUCUUACAGAACUCCAGCAGGGUUCUCUUUCAAUGCCAAACAGCCAUGAAGAGACCCAUGAAAACAUUACCAUCCUUCAGCAGGUCCAGAACCAAGAAGGCCAAAGUGAUGAGCUAAUGGAUGCUGUCAAUGCAGCUGUAAACCAAGUUAAUAGUUCACCUGUGAUGGUGGCAGAACCUAGGGAAGAACAAGCUCAAACCAUCGUGAGCAUGCCUCCCCCAGCACCAACUCCUCGUCGUCGUGGUCGUCCACGGAAGUAUCCACUACCCACAGAAAGUCCUCACACUUCAACAGCUACUGCUGCCACGACAACAGAAGUCAUGCAUGCAGCAAGAGGAGAUACCAGUGAUAACCAAAAAAUCCAAGAGGGAAUUGUUACCAGGAGGAGGAGGCUUGAGGCCUUGGCUGAGCAAACAGAAACUAAAAAGGGAAAAGACCUUCUAGAAGAAGCUGAAAAAGACCAAGCAGAACCAGAGAUUCCUCUAGUCCCCACUAAUCCUGAGGAAGUUGCUCGUCGAGAAGAAGAAAUGAUAAAAAAGAGACAAGAACAAAAAGAAAAGGAUAUGGCAGAAUGUUUUGGUUUUGAUGAUAACGAAGAUGAGGAUACGAUACUAGCUAUGCCUGCUGCUCCAGGAACUAAAGGACUACAGUCAAUGUCAAUGAAUGGGCCUACCAGCAUGGAGACUACAGCCCAACUGUUGACAUCUUUACAACACAAUGGAAUGGAAGAUAAUCAAACAUAGACUGGUAACGUUUGAGCCAGUUUCCAAGACUUGUAGUACCUGCUGUUUUGUGAUGUUAAAGAUUACUUUGUAUCCUUGUAUUUGUGAAUAAACUUGGAAGGCAUUAUCUAGAACAUUUUCGUUAGAAAUGAUAUUUGGAUUGUAUAAACUUGUGUAGCCAUAAUUCUAUACGUUCGAUGAAAUUAUUGUGAUUGUAACUGUUUUAGUCAUUUGGUUUAGUGCUUGCCAAGAAAUUACUGGAUAUGAUAGAAACUAUCUUGCACCUUUAAGCUCAAAUGAUUGUUUAAAAAUGAAUUUUUUCAAGAGUAAUAUUUGUAGGUAUUGUGAAAAUUUAUAUUAUUAUUGCUGUUUAUCCCAUUAAUUUGAUUGGGAUCUGAUCUAUACUAGUGUAGUCAUAUAUUGUGCUGUGGUAUGGGAUUUGAAAACCAAAUUUAUUGAAAUCUAGAGUUUCAAUUCUAAAGCUACUAAAUUUGUUUUUCCAAUGAUUGAUGGGAAACAUAUGAGAACAGUGUUGUUUUAUUUACUAUCAUUGUUUUUAAAGUAAAUCAAGUUCUGUAGUAUUCUAGAGUUGUUGUUUUUUUUUUCAACACGGAUGUUGAAAUUGUAGCAGUUAGUCCUGCUCCUGACAUGCAUUGUAGGACAGGCACUUGUCAAUGCACGUGCAUCAAAAAAUAAAGUCAUUGUGAAUUCA